AAACUAGUCACUUUUUCGUUUACGAUAAUAUGAAUGCUGAUGGUUUUAGAAGAAGGUUACAGCUCUCACUAAGUUGUGUAGCAUUUUGAACGUUAGCUAACUGGUUAACGUCACGAAGUUGCGUUCAAGUUUGCGCAGGCUGCGUCUGAGAUUGACAAUAGCGAUAAAUGAACUUGUAUUUCGAAAAGUUUCUUGUUGGCAGUCCGUAUUAACAUUAAACUAGCUCCUUAUGACUAGCUAGAAUUCAUAGUGAUUACUGUUAAUGUACAGAAGCUACCUUUAAAUUUCCUGACAGCCUGAGUGGAUCAAUAGGAGGUUCACCAUGUCCAAAGGAGACAAGGAAGGCUUUGUUGUGAAGUUUGUUCAAAGUAAAGGACCGAAAACGGAGUAUGCUAUCAAAGCUUAUGAGGCCAUUUUGGAGCUGCAGUCUGAAAAGCAUUUGAAAACAAUUGAAGAGGAUGAGGUUUUACGGAUGCACCAGAAGGACAAGUCUCUGUUUGUGUUCAGCAGCUUCACCACUCCAGCCUUUCUGCACUGCAAGGAGCUUGGUUGCAGAAUGGUGAGUCCGCUGGUGGUGCUGUACUGUCUGCAGCAACAACGCUGUGUCCCCAAAGCUGAAAAGCCUGUCUAUAACAUGGCCAUGGUUGACAUCACUAUUUCCUGCACCAGCCUGGACAAAGCAACACGGGCAGAUGUGAUGGAUCUGGUGCAGCUAAUGGGUGGACGAGUCUAUCUUGAUCUAAAUGUGUCUGUCACACACCUGAUUGCAGGAGAAGUGGGCAGCAAAAAGUACCUGGUCGCUGCAAGUCUGGGUAAACCCAUCCUGCUGCCCACAUGGGUGAAAGCCUGCUGGGAGAAAUCACAGGACAGUCUUUUUAGGUACACAGACCUGCCCAUGGAGGACUACCUGUGCCCUGUGCUGCGCGGCUGUACUGUUUGUGUGACAGGUCUCUCCAGCACAGAGCGCAAAGAAGUACAGCGGCUCUGUGAGCAGCACGGAGCCAACUACACCGGUCAGCUCAAAAUGAAUGAGUGUACACACCUCAUCGUUAGUGAACCAACAGGUCAAAAGUACGAGUGCGCUCGGAAGUGGAAUGUGUAUUGUGUGUCUCUGCACUGGCUCUUUGACAGCAUAGAAAAAGGCUUCUGUCAAGAUGAGAGCAGGUACACCGUGGAGCGCAAUGUGUCAAAAACCACCCGACCGCACACUUCCACACCUACGGGCACCAGCAAGAAAGAGGAGGGUCCAUCUCUUUUGGGCUUGAGCCACAUUUCUGUCAAUGCCAGCAUGACAAUAAACGACACAGCCCUCACCAAUGGCAUCAUCAGUCGUCUGGAAACUCCAGAUCCCAUAGACAGUCUGGAUCUCACUGUGUGCCCAGCUGAUGAUGUACUGGAUGGAUGUAAGCUGUAUCUGUGUGGCCUGCCAGGGAAGAAACUGGAGAAGCUGCGGCGUCUUGUGAACGCUGCAGGAGGUCUGCGCUUCAACCAGCCCAGUGAGGAGCUUACACAUGUGGUCAUGGGCGACCUGGACCAAAACCUCAAGAAUUUUCUCUCCAAAGCGACUCAUCGGCCCCACAUAGUGACAGUGCAGUGGCUGCUGGACAGUUUCUCCAAAGGCAGUUUACUCCCAGAAGCAGGUUACCUCCAUCCCGACUGUCUGCCUCCUGCUCCGCCCGCUGUGUCUGUUCCUGUCCGUCACUCUCCCGACUCCCGGCUCUCAGCUGGUCCGCCUGUAGCCAGCCCCAGCACUCCCCGGCAAAGGAGAGCGGAAGAGGAUCUGCUCUCACAAUACAUGGAUGACGACCCUACAGUGGUUGAUAUGCCACCACCAGCAGCAGCAGAGACCAGCAGCAGGAAGUCCUUCGGUACAGCUGCAGAGCCUCAGCCUGAGCCCUGGGCGCCGAACCAUACCAGAGGACCAGAGCCAAACUCAACCCUGCAGGAAGCCAGCGAAGCAGGACUGUUUUUCGGGAAGCGCUUCCUUUUUGUUGGCUUUGGCACUGAGGCCGAGGCGCAGCUCUCUAUGCUGGUGACAGAACACGGAGGCAGGGUUCUGAUGGGCCGUACGCGGGUUGUGGCAGACUAUGCAGUGGUCCCACUGUUGGGCUGCUCAGUCGAGGCCACAGUGGACGAGGUGGUCACUGAUACCUGGCUGGCCAUGUGCGUGGAGAAGGAGUGUAUUCUGCAACUGUCCUCCAACCCUUUAUUCACCCCUGUUCCUGUGAUGGAUGGCCAUUUUCCUCUGAAAGAUUGCGUUCUCUCAGUCAGCCAGUUCACCGGAGCAGAGAGGGAGUCUUUAGUGGAGCUUGCCAAGCACCUUGGAGCCAAUGUCCAGGACUACUUUGUGCGCCUGGCCAACCAGAAGAAAGGCAUGCUGGCCAGCACUCAUCUGGUGCUGCACAGUCCUGACGGCACAAAGUACCAGGCAGCAAAGAAGUGGGGACUUCCUGCUGUGACCAUGUACUGGAUCCUAGAGUCUGCUCGAACCGGCCAGAGGGCAGUGGAGGACAGAUUUCUAGUUGACCUGCCACCCUCACCAGAGAGGGAUGAAGAGAGUUUUGUUGGUGGUUCCCAGAAACCAGCCAUGCCUCCACCAGCUCGCUCCUCUCCAGAGAUCCCCCUGCUGGGUGUCCAGAGCGGCAAAGCUGUCACCCCACUGGAUUUAGGUCGCUUUCAGAGCAAAGUGUUUCGCUCCGUGUUGGACGAGAUGAAACCCAAAGAGGACAUCAGCACCCCCAAACAAAACCAGGAGGGUGGCAGAAGGAACCCACUUCAGAAGGAGUCGUCCCUGCAGCUCGACACGCCUUCUCGGUUCCUCAGCAGAGACCAGCUCUUCAGGCCCUCUUUUAAUGUCAAGGAUGCACUAGGAGCUUUGGAAACUCCAGGUGGAAGAUCGAAACCAGGAGAGAGGGUGGAGACGCCACUAACUGAUGUCGUCAACAGGAACCUGAAGGUGGCUCUGGCCAACAGCACCCGCAAUGCCUCAGAAAUGCAAGCAGUCUCUGCUAGUCCCCAGCUUACAAAAACAACUGAGAAGGAGGUUGCAGAGAAAGAAGCUGGUCCCCUGGCUGGUGUUGUGAUCUGUGUUGGAAAGAAACUGAGCAAAAUGCAGAGUGAACUGAAUGCCAUCGCUGCCUCACUGGGAGCUGACUUCAGGUGGGCUUGUGACGAUACCGUGACGCACUACAUCUACCAGGGUCGUGUCGGCGACAACACCCGGGAAUACAGAGGAGUGAAGGAGAGGGGGCUGCAUGUGGUCUCCCAGUACUGGCUGCAGGCGUGUGCUGAGGAGCAGAGGCACGUCCCCGAGUCUCUGUAUCCCUUCACCUACAACCCCAAGAUGAGUCUAAACCUGAGCCAAGUCCCCAACAACUCUCAGCGGUCUCCACCUUUAACACGAACACAAGUCAAAGACGCUGAAGCAAAGGCUGACAAGUCUGAACAUAAUACCACAGUGGAAACCCCUCGACGUGUCAGCGAUGGAAGCGUAGAUCACGAUGAAAUGAACGAUACUGCAGAAAGAAGUGAUAUUUCAGAGACCCUACAAAUGAGAGAGAACCUCCAAAGGCAGCUGCAGGAGAUCAUGUCAGCCACCAGACUGACGACGGGGAGGCGAACUUCAGUCAGACUCUCUCGGAUGGGAUCAGGAGGAGCCGACUCGAGCCCCAACACACCCGAUGGUGGCCGAGUUGGACGUAGCAGUAACAGACGAACUCUAGAAGCUCUGAGGGUGACCAGAGAAGCAGCUAUGGACAUCAACACGGAGCCAUCUCAGAGUGAACAGAUAGUUUGGGACGAUCCUACAGCCAGAGAGGAGAGGGCCAAGCUGGCUGAUAAUCUACAGUGGCCUGGAAGUCCCUCACAGCAUUCAGAGCCCUUCGCACCUCCACCUCCCCCCACCGCAGAGAACGGAUCACAGUUCAGGGACUCCAUGACCGACUCGGAGCUGGUGGAGAUGGCUGCUUGCGACGUCAUUGACCAGCACAUGGGCAGGAAGGUCAUGACGCCUCUAGCAGAGGAGCCAGAAAAUGACAUCCCCACUCCUAAAGCUCCCAGCAUCGCCUUUCCUCUCGCCAAACCCCCAGUGGCCCCAGAGCCACAAGAGGAGAGGAAGGAGGAGGAGCAGCCACCCAGAUUUCAGCUGUCCUCCCUCAGCCCUCAGGAGCGCAUUGAUUACAGUCACCUCAUAGAGGAGCUUGGCGGUGUCGUCUUGGACAAGCAGUCUUUUGACCCCAGCUGCUCCCACAUCAUCGUAGGGACGCCCCUGCGUAACGAGAAAUACCUGGCAGCGAUGGCAGCCGGCAAAUGGAUCCUGCACCGCUCAUACCUGGAGGCCUGUCGCUCUGUGGGUCGCUUCAUUCAGGAGGAUGAGUAUGAAUGGGGCAGUAGCUCCAUCCUGGAAGCACUGCCCUCCAUCACAUCCCAACAGAAGAGACUCGCGUUAGCUGCCAUGCGCUGGAGGAAAGCCCUGCAGAGGCGCUCUGAACAUGAGGGAGCUUUCAGUGGAUGGACAGUCAUGCUGAACAUUGACCAGAACAGAGAAUCAGGCUUCAGGCGGUUGCUGCAGUCCGGCGGGGCGAAGGUCCUGUCCAGUCCCUCCCCGUCCUUAUACAAAGAGACCACACAUCUGUUUGCAGACUUCAGUCGGCUAAAACCCGGAGACUUCAGGGUGGACGUAUCAGAGGCUACCUCACAGGGAGUCACAUGCUUGAAGCCAGAGUACAUCGCAGACUAUCUCAUGCAGGAGCCCACUCCGCCCAUCGAGCUGUACUACCUGGCUGCUGAAGCUCCUUCCAGUGAAGCUCCAGGGACUCCGUCACGUAAGCGUAAAGCAGCAGCAGACACGUCCAGACUGAAAAAGAGCCGCCUGAACUGAAACGCAGCCCCGAAAUGUCACCGCCGUAAUUCUCAAGUCUGUGAAAAUGAUUGUAAAUAAGAUUUUUUUUUUCAUGUCUGAAUAAAUAAAUGUAGCACCUGUUAAAUAAUUCUGCAUUUUUCAUACAAUGCACUGCAGUAGCUGCUGCUGCUGCCUGCACUGAGGCUGGAGUUGUGAUGGAUGACUCCAUGAAGGUCUGCAGAAAAUGUCGAGUCACGUUUUGUAAUUGGAUGCACUGAUAGUAGGUGGCCUGUAGAGGGCAGUGCAUCAUCACUGUGUGCCUUUGGCUUGUUUUUACCGAUGAUUUCUCAGCAGAAUGUAAAAGUGAGUCUCAAAUGUGCCUUUUUAUUUCUUAUAUAUUUAAUAACUCUACUUAAUGUACUGGUUUGACUUCUAUUUAUAUCUUCUUCAAUUUUACUCAUUUAAAGUUACUUUUUGAGCCUCUUCA